AUGGAAAAUAUGUGUCGUGAAUUUGUGGGGGAACAUAAUCAUGAUCUUCAUAUUGAUUCAACAGUUCAUAUGAUGCGUUCACAGAGGCAUAUGUCAGACAUACAUAUGUAUGAAAUUGAAUUGGCUGAUGACUUGGGGAUUAGACCUAGAUUCACAGUUGAGUUGAUGGGUAGGCAGGCUGGUGGGAUCGAGAACUUGAUCUGUACGACCCAAGAUGUUAGGAACUAUCUCCGUACUAAAAGAAUGAAUGCCUUAUCAUAUGGUGAAGUAGGUAGUUUGUUGAAGUACUUUGCUACUCAAACUAGGAACAAUCCAUCUUUCACAUACUCAGUUCAGCUGGAUAGUGAAGAACAAAUAACUAAUAUAUUUUGGGUUGAUCCAAAGAUGAUCAUUGAUUACGCACAAUUUGGAGAUGUAGUCAGCUUCAACACUACAUUUCGCACCAACAGACAGUGUAGGCCGCUUGGGGUGUUUGCUAGAUUUAAUCAUCAUAGAGGAUACACUGUAUUUGGGGCGACACUUUUAUAUGAUGAGACAGUGAAAUCUUUCAAGUGGUUGUUUGAGAAUGACAUUAAUCAUUUGGGUAAUAUGAUGAAAGAUGGCUCUGGGUUUCUUAAAGAUAUAAAGAAAUGCAUAUACCAAUACGAUGAGGAAGAACAAUUUGACAGAGCAUGGUAUAAAUUGCUUAGUGAAAAUGGUGUUAUGGAUAAUGCAUGGUUGCGGCGCAUUGAUUUGAAGGACUAUUUGAAGUCAACUUUGGAUGUUGUGCAAUUUGUUAAGCACUUCGAGAGAGUUCUUAACCAGGAGCGUGGUAAUGAAUUAAAAACUGAAUUUGAAGCAAGAAACAAGUUGCCACGACUUGCAAAUUCAAUAGGCCAAACUGAUAGAUUUCCCUUCAUUGAUUUUUGGGUUGGGAUUGUUGAUGUAGAAGGUGAAUAUCAAUGUAUUCCUGAUGCCUACAUUUUGAAGAGAUGGACAUGGGGAGCAAGAACCAUGGUGGUGAAUGAUAGUGGGGGGGAAGAAGUUGAAGAGGAUGUCAAUCUGGACUGUACACAGCGGCUGAAGGUUAGUAAUAUUAGAAUCAACCCAACUGAUUGCUCUGAUAUGCCAAUAUUGCUUGAUUUCCCAACUGAUGUAUAUGAUGGAAUGCGUUUGAAGUAUAAAGAGAAAAGUAAGGGUGGUAGACGGCUAAAGAGUUGGGUCGAAAAACAAGAUUGCCCUAAUGGUCAAUGUCAUAUGCAGGAGUCUAUUUCCCAUAUAUCAUCUCAAGCAUCUGCAGUUCAUCAAUCACAAGCAUCUGCAGUUCAUCAAUCACUAGAUGAAGAUUGUAUUUAG